AUGCCAAUUGUUACGAUUGCUACGAAUUUACCUGAAAAUCAUUUUAUGGAAGAUUUUAAUGUACAAUUCACGAGAGCGUUAUCGGAAAUAAUCGGCAAACCCGUUGACCGAAUAAGCGUACAACUUACGACAAAUGCUCGUCUCACGCACGCUGGAACAAAUCAGCCAACUUGUACAAUUGUUAUCAAAGCGAUUAAAGCAUUCGACAGAGAUCGAAACGUGAAAUAUUCAUCAAGUAUUGCGAAAUUUAUGCAGGACACGGUUGGUAUCUUACCCGAGAAAUGUCUUAUACAUUUUAUGAACGUAGAUUUGGACGAUAUCUCAGUAAAUGGAACGACGAUGAGAAUUUUGAUGAACCAGUAG